UCAUCAUUUUUCAAUUGCAAAGGCUAUGAAAAGUUCUGUGAAUUAGUAAAAAAUUUAAAAAAAUGUUGGGAAAAAUAUUACAAGCGGUUUUAUUUACUGCUUUAUUUAAUAAUACUAUAGAAAGGAAUGUUCAAACAAGGACUAUGAUUGAUCUUAAAAAGAUUCUGAACACUAUCAACGACAAUCAGGACAACCGUAAUGAUGUAACGUAUCUUCGAACCAAAAACAGACACCAGUCACUAAGAAAUCAAGAUAAUGACAACGCAGAUAGAAUCGACGUAGAUAUCCUGGAUUCCUUCAUCAAACGUAUAUUAAAUAAUAAUAAUAAGUUUAACGACCAAGAUUUUGAUAGAUUUCUCCGUAACGCCAAAGACAACUUGUGCGCGAAAACUGGAAGAUGUGGAUGCAGUGGACCCGGCAGGUGUGAUGAUAAAAAAGUAACUAACCAAAAAACAGUAGAUGAAGUAGAAAAUUUUAUAAAUAACUUACAAGAAAAAUUAGAAAAAGACAAUCAAGAAACAAGCAGCGAUGAUGAAACAGAAAAUGAUAUACAAAAUAAUGAUAAAAUAUUGCAAGACAAUGAUAAGGAAGACGAUGAAUAUUAUAAUAUUAAAAUAGAUGACAAAAAGCAAGCAGACACUCGCGUUAACUUGUUAAUUGUUAACGAUCUUGCUGAUCUUGAAGAUCUAUUGAGACAAAAUAUAUUACCUCAAGCGAUCGAUGCAGAAACAAUAAAAAAAUUAAACUUCGAUAAUUUCCCUCAUCAUGGUGUACGUCAUAAGUCUAGAAAUAAUGUUAAAGCUAUUAUUGUGGAUUUGGGUAAGUUUUAUAAUGAUUCAGAAAUGGGAGAUAAUGAAGAGGACUUAACUGUCCCUCGGUCAGAAGCACAAGAUCAAGAAUCCUCUGAUCCUAAUGAAUUUAUCGAUAAUUUUAAUCACUUAAAAGAAAAGGUGAUUAAUUCAUAUAUAAAUUUCGUAACGAAUAAAAAUGCUAAGAAACCAAACUUAUCAGUACUUAGUAAUACACAGAAGCGUAAAAUCAGAAUACUUAAAGGUAAAAUGCGAACUAACAAACAGAAAUUGUCCAAACAAGACAUAAAAACAGAAAUAAAUGACAUCAUGUUUGGGAAGAACAGUAAAAUUAAAUUUAUACCUACAAAUGACAAUUCCAACAAUAUUGCAGUACCGAAUUGGAUCUACAAAUUAAUCGUUAAUUCUAAACCCGUAGCUUACUUGAGAGAGCCAAAAAGAGUCCUUCCAUUGACUGAAAAACAAAAGAAUCGAUUAUUUAACAAGAAUAAAAGUUUAAGGCAAAAACCAGAAAUAAGUAGAAUAUGGCGUAGAAAUUUUGGACAAAAUUUACAACAACUUGGGGUACCAUUUGAGCUUGCUGUUGAGGGUCUAGCUCAAUAUAAUGACGAUAAUGAGUAAAUAUCAUGUAUUUCAAGGUUUAAAUAAAAAAAAUUAAAUUCUGUAACUAAAAGUACAGAAAAUUGAUAUAGUUGAUGUAACGAAUUAUAUAUUUGCAUU